AUUUGAUUGGUCGAUACAAGGGCGUCCUUAGAACCAGAGCAACGGGUUGGGGGUUUCUGUAUUUCAGCUUUUUUUUGUAAAUACGCAUUGCAAGUUCAUAUAACCGUACCAAAUAACAAUGCCGAGAAGAGCGUUGAGAUGUGUUGUGGAUCUUAAUAUUCAACGGGUAUCUGCCCCUGGGGUAUGGUUGCCAAGCAGAGAAGACUGUUACAUCAGUAUCAGUCUGUUUGGACAGUACAGAAAUACUCGCAAUGUUUUAUCUGUCUUCCCAAUUAUUCUGCAUGAGCCAUUUAGGUUUGAGAAGACAUACUACACAGCACUAGAUCCUCAGGAUGUUGCAGAGUUUCUAGAAGAUGAGCUUGUAGUGGUAGAGCUGCUACAGUACUCUGACUACUCUAAUGGUGCUAUCCGCCUCGCCUCGUUCUCCACAAGUGCCCGGGAAUUCCUGUUCCCAUACCCAUCCCUGUGCCCCUCAUACACAUCAGACUCACGCGAAAUCCUCCUUUCACGCACUAUUGCAUGGCCAGGUAUCUCACCAAAGCUGGAGUUCACCACCAAAACUGUUAUCAAAGAAUCUCGCUCACCUGAACUUGAUGCUCUUGAAGAUGCUUUAGAAGAAGAAAGGCUGGCUAGACGUGCUCGCUCCAGGUCCAGAGGUCGCUCCCUCACUAGGUCAAGGUCACUGUCCAGAACCAGAGCCUGCAGUGCUGAUGAUCUGUGUAUCACCAUUACUAGGUCGUAUUCCUCUGACUCGGAAGACGAGGCCGAGUAUGACUCUGAACCGUCGUACAUGCGACCUACGGUUUCAUCUAUUUUUCGUUCCAGGUCAAAGUCAGGGGUACGUAGCUCUGAUGAAAGUAUGUCCGAGGAAACAGGCAAAGCACCAUUUGUUGUACGACAUCUGGAAACGAGCCUCAUUGGUCGCACCCCUGGGGCCCCUGCACUCAAGGGAGGGAAGGGGAAGAAGAGACGUUCCAGAUCUCGUUCACGCUCCAGGCCAACAAGUGCUCUAUCAGGAUAUGCAUCCUAUGAGCCUAAAGCUCAGCUAGGUUCUGCAAAAUGUCCAAGGUGCUCCAAAACAACUUGUGUGUACAUGUCGGGUGUUGACUGCCUUGUGUGUCGGGCGUACCGACGCUACUUUGGGCAUGCCUACUGGGGUCACAGCCCCAAUUUUCACCCCACAGGGAUGCCAUGUUGCGACCUCAGAAAGAAGAAGGUGCUGAGGGAUGGAGCUGAUUCUCUGCCUGUCUACUCCACCAAGAUCUACUCAGAUGAUGAUGAGGAAGUUGCUGCACUUACUUCUUCCCGGUCCUACCUGUCCACUCCACGACCCCGCUCUGUGAGCCCAUACCUGUACCGACCUACCUACAGUGCUCGCUUUGGUGGGCUCUCCGCUGUAGACAAGCUUGAGAUUGAACUUGCUGUGGAGAGAGCUCGCUCCCGCGCCAGGGCCCGCGCUAUUGCUCUUAGCAGGAGCCCAUCACCCAUCAGAUACUCGCCUAUUCUGCGCAAAUCUAUGGAUGAUCUUGCUCUUGACACAAGUAUUGCGAGGAACCGGAGGUAUUAUCCCCGCUAUUUGAUUUAACAGUUGGGUGCAUCUAGAUGCGGGCCAGUACUGGACUCAAAGAGCGGCAGAAUUGACGGGAACAUCACAUACAGACGUUUUUAAUAACAACAUUAGGAAAUUAUAUAGUGGUCUUCUUAGAAAUGCUGAAAAACACCAAAAAACUUUAUCUAAAAGAAAAUGACUUAAAUAUUAUAUAAUAUAGUGUUUUUAUAAUAAAAUUUGUUAGAUUAUUUAUUUAGUAUUUUAAAUUUUUAGUUCCUAGAGCUCUAUGUAUACAUGAAUUUUUCACACAGGGUUGGAAUGCUAGUAUUUUAUAUAGAUUAUCUUCAUAUUUCACAAUGGUAAACUAUUUAAUAGAAAGUUGAGGAAACAAGUAUACUCAAAUAUUACAUUCACUAACAUAAGCCUCAUUGGAAUGAAGGAUAGUUUUUCAACACGUGUUAGUACAUAUCUUUGAAUGUCUGUGAUAUAUUUAUGAAUGUUUUAUAUGUUAUUUUCUGUUUUCGUUAACUAUUAUUCUUACACACCUUGCUAUUGUUCUGUUUUCUACAACAGUAUUUCAAAUUACCAAAAAAAGACUUCUAAAGAAAGGUUUCUUCAAAAGGGAUUUUGAGUCAGUGAGUAAACAAAUCAAUCUUAAAUAAUAAUUGUGCCAUGAGACAUUUUUUCUCUCAAUGUUAAUUCCAUUGUCAGAGUGGGUUGGAUUGUUUUUCUUGUAUGAUACACAUUCAGGGGUUUGGUUCACCAGUUUGCCAGUAGAUCUCAUGUUUGAAAAUAAAAUCUCAACCAGUCAAUAUGAGUUACCAUAUUUUGACAAGGUUUGAGUUGUUUUGUUUAUUACUGAGUGUUUUGUGGAUAUCUUAAAGUAUUAUUUUAUUUUCUUCAUCUGUUGAUCUUUUUUUCAGUCUGUUAUUGACUUGUUACGACUGUUAUCCUGCUGGCCUUGGUCUUGAGAAAUUACAAUUUCAAUCUUAUUUAACUGCAUGUAUAAUUUCUGAAUUGUUAUUUUUGCAAUAAAAUAUCUGCACCAUGUUCAUAUAUAAGAACCAAACCACCAAGUAUACAUUUCUUUUUGCUGGCGGGCUUUAAGUUGUUUAUAUAACUGGUAUUGUGUAACAUGGUAUAGGAUUUGGAUUUUUUUGAUAUACACAUUUAUACACGGAAAUGCAGUUAUUUAUAUAUUACAAUUAUGUUUUGGCCAUUUUCCAGACAGGCAGCAGUGUUGUUGUUGUGAAUCAUGUGACACUAUUAGAGAUCUUUAUCUUUUGUAGUAUUUUGCCAAUGUAGUUGUUACUAAAAUUGAAGUCAUAUGUAUAUCCAAUAAAACUAAUUACUCCAA